GUAUUCCCCUCUCUCUCCCUCCUUGCCCUUUACUAUUAAAUCCCUUUUACUCCGUAUUCUCUUAUACUUGCCCUUUAUAUAUCUCGUUCGACCAACGCCACGGACAACCAUCUCUCUCCACAGACAAUGUCGAGUCGCGUACAAUCCUUAAACCCUCCGAAACCCCUCAGCUCCAAAAUCCCAUCAAGCUCUCUCCUCGCUUCACCAUCUUCAUCGUGUAAACCCGUAUCCAAAUCCAAGAAAUACCCAACAAUCUCCGUCUCGGCAAUGUCAAGCAAACACCGGCCUUCUUUGGACACUUUGAACAGCAGCGAACGAAGGGAAGAAGUUCUUCGUGCUGUUGGAGACUCGCUCUCUAAUUGUCUCUCUGAAACCCAUCUUCAUCUUGCGGUUCCUGGUCUUAAAUCCAAAACCAGAGGCAAGGUCAGAGAUAUAUACGAUGGAGGGGAUUAUCUAGUUCUGGUCACGACGGAUAGACAAAGUGCGUUUGAUAGAGUUCUCGCUUCAAUUCCAUUCAAAGGCCAGGUUCUGAACGAGACAAGUUUAUGGUGGUUUAAUAAAACUCAACACAUUACUCCAAAUGCAGUUGUUUCAGUUCCAGAUAAGAACAUUACGAUUGCAAAAAAAUGUUCAGUUUUUCCUGUUGAAUUUGUUGUCAGAGGUUAUGUGACUGGAAGUACUGAUACAUCGCUAUGGACUGUCUACAAGAAAGGUGUCCGCAACUACUGUGGCAAUAUCCUUCCCAAUGGCAUGGUGAAAAACCAAAGGCUAGCUGCAAAUAUACUCACACCAACAACUAAAGCUGUGGAUCAUGAUGUUCCUGUUACUCCAGAUGAGAUAGUUCAACGUGGGCUGAUGACUCAAACGGAUUAUGAUGAAGCAAGUAGUAAAGCCUUAAGCUUAUUUGAAUAUGGGCAGCGUGUUGCUGCAGAACAUGGCUUGAUAUUGGUAGAUACAAAGUAUGAAUUUGGAAAGGGAAGUGAUGGUAGUGUGCUUUUACUUGACGAGGUUCAUACACCUGACUCGAGCAGAUACUGGAUUGCCAAUUCUUACGAGGAACGGUUUUCCAAGAGUCUUGAACCAGAAAAUAUCGAUAAGGAGUUUCUGCGAUUGUGGUUCGUAAAUAAUUGCAAUCCGUACGAGGAUGAGGUACUCCCGGAUGCUCCUAAAGAACUUGUUUCCGAACUGGCAUGGAGAUACAUUUUCUUGUUUGAGACAAUUACAAAGUUAAAAUUUGAGAUACCAGCAAUGGAGGAGCCCAUACACGAUCGGAUCUCUCGAAAUGUUUCAGCGGCAUUGUCAUCGCUUCUGUAAUUUAAUUGAAGUGUGGACUAUCUAGUCGAAAUAUUAGCCAGAGAUGAUCAAUACAAGAUUUUCCUUGUGUCUCACAGAAUUUUCCGACAUGGUUGGAUCUAGCCGUUGGACAGACGCAACCGAAUUGACGUAGAACUAGUGUCGAGAUUUUGAAUGCUACGUUACUGUGGUUCGUUUGGUUUUUGCGAUUAUUUGCAGUUGAUGGUGCUUGUAGUUACAGACCUUUCUCUGUAAUAAAAAUGAGCAUGUGGAUGUAUGCAUGCUAUCUAUAUAGCUUCUCUGCUUGUUUGCAGUUGAUCUGGAAAGCUACAUUUCUUGCAAGGAUAUGUCUACAGAUGAUUUGUACAGUGGAGGGAAGUUCUUAAAGUGGCAUUAAGAGAUGAAAUUAGCAUUCUCAAUUAUUACUUCUGA